AUGUUUAAAACGGUCUCAUCAGUGCAGUUAGGACACUUUUACUCACUUCCUGUUUUCUGCAGAUAUCAGCAUUAUCUCCAGCUGAAGAAAGACGUUCUGGAGGGGAAGAUCCCGUGCUCCAUUGAGCAAGCCAUUCAUUUGGCCAGCUUGGCUGUGCAAGAAAUACUCAAUUUGAAGUUAAACACGAGGUCCGGCCUGUUGUUUCUCACGAGUGAAAGAGCAAUCAGUGAAAUUCUGUUCAUUCCCCAGAUAACGUAUUUCAGCCUCUGGUACUGCAACAAACAAAACCAGCAGAGAUGGAUUGAUCUGGAGAAGCCGCUGAAGAAACAGCUUGACAAGUACGGACUGGAGCCGACCGUUUACUUUGGGGUGGUGUUCUACGUGUCGUCUGUUACACAGUUACAACAAGAGAUAACCAGAUAUCAGCAUUAUCUCCAGCUGAAGAAAGACGUUCUGGAGGGGAAGAUCCCGUGCUCCAUUGAGCAAGCCAUUCAUUUGGCCAGCUUGGCUGUGCAAGCCGACCUUGGGGACUUCAAUCGAUAUGAUUCCCAAGAAUUCCUUCAAAAAAUUGUGCUUUUUCCAAUGCCAUGGAUACAGGACGAGAGGGUUGUGGAAGAGGCCACUCAGAAAGUCACCAUGCUCUAUCAAAACUACCGAGGUCUGUCCUCACCAGAGGCGGAGUUACUCUACAUGCAGGAGGUGGAGAAGAUGGAGGGGUACGGUGAGGAGAGUGUCCAAGCGAAGUGCUGUGCAAAAUGCAAACUGCUGACUUUGUACUGUAGUAUCGCAGUGCAUGUGACAAAUAAAACGCUGAGCUUUAUUACUCUGGUUUAUUUCACAAUUGUCUUUUAUUGUUUUGUGUUUUAUUACAGACAAACUCAGCCCGCUCCAGUAAACACAGUGAGGCGACGGUCCUCUACGAGAAUGUCUCUGCCAAAACCGCAACCCUACAUGAUGCCACCUCAGAUGCACUUUAACGGCCAUUACACCGAACCGUACACAUCUUCACAAGAUAAUCUUUACAUCAACAACCAGAACGGUUUCUACUACCAUUCCCAGACCAGUCUGGACCGCUCUCCGCACGAGUACAACGGCCGGAUCCGUAACGGCAGCGUUUACAGCGCCCAGAGCACCAGCUCCCUCAACAACCCGCAGCACUACCUGCAGCCAUCGCCCAUGUCGUCCAACCCCAGCAUCACAGGAAGUGACCUCAUGCGGCCCGACUACGUGCCUUCCCACCGGCACAGCGCCCUGAUCCCGCCGUCCUACCGCGCCACGCCCGAUUACGAGGCGGUCAUGAGGCAGAAGAACCUCGGGAUGAUCCCGCCGGCCGAGCGCCAGAGCCACUCCAUGAGGAACCUCAACAUCGGCAACUCGUAUGCUUACAGCCGGCCCGUGGCGUACAGCCUGGAGAACAUGAGGCUGAAGGAGAGGAAGGCAUCCGCAUCAGCAGCUGAGACCCCGCCCCCUGUUGCCCAGGCGAUGCCACCUACAGCAUCCGGCUCCGACAUCAACGUCGUCCUGGAGGUCACGAAGCCCGAGAUGGAGGAUGUCAUCUACGGGCACAAAAAAUCCCUGUCCGACGCCACGAUGCUAGUGCACAGCAGCGGUGAGGAAGAAGAGUUCGAAGACGACAGCGGACGACACACACCGCAGUCUCAGGAUGCUGUGGGCGGUCCCGAGCAUCACAUGACGCCGAUGGGACGGCCCCUCGUAGAUCCGCCUGCUUAUCCGUUCAGCCACAGUAUGGAGAUGGUCCCGACGGGCCCUCUGGCGUACCAGCCCCAUUCCAUCAUCCGCAAACCAGAGGACAUGGGGCAGCUGCCGCCUCUGCGAGAGCCCGGACACAUGGUGCCCUCGGUGUCAGAGGGGGAUCUGAGCGGACAGGGUCGCUUGAGACAGAAGAGGGACGUCUAUAAGAGACCCGUCUCUGACGUGCCACCUGCCAGAAGGAACAUCGAUGGUCUUCCACCGGCGGGUAUGAAGAAAGGACGCUCCGAGGUCAAGAAGGUGGGUCCCCUGAAGAUGGCGGCUCUCAAUGGUCUGACACUGUCCAGAAUGCCUCUGCCCGAUGAAGGGAAGGACGACCCGGAGAACGCGUCUAAUGACGAGCGGUGUAAAGUACUGGAGCAGCGCAUGGAGCAGGGGAUGGUGUUCACCGAGUACGAGCAUGUGCCCAAGAAGCGGCCCAACUGCGAGUGCACUAUCGCUCAGAUGCCCGAGAACAGCGACAGGAACCGCUUCCAGGACGUCCUGCCCUACGACGACACGCGUGUGGAGCUGGUGCCCACCAAAGAGAACAACACGGGCUACAUCAACGCCUCGCACAUCAGGGUUACGGUCAGAGGUAAAGAGUGGAGUUAUAUCGCGUCUCAGGGUCCGCUCUCAAGCACCUGCCAAGACUUCUGGCAGAUGGUUUGGGAACAAGGAGUCUCCAUCAUCGCAAUGGUUACAGCAGAGGAGGAAGGGGGUCGUGAGAAGAGUUUCCGCUAUUGGCCUCGUCUGGGCUCUCGCCACAACACUGUUACAUACGGCCGAUUUAAGAUCACCACACGCUUCCGCACAGACUCUGGGUGCUAUGCCACAACGGGCCUGAAGAUCAAACAUCUCCUGACGGGACAGGAGCGAACCGUCUGGCACCUGCAGUACACAGACUGGCCCGAUCACGGCUGCCCGGAGGACUUUAAAGGCUUUCUCUCGUACUUGGAGGAGAUCCAGUCCGUGAGGCGACACACCAACAGCUCCAGUGAUCCAAAGAACACAAACCUGCCGGUCCUGGUGCACUGCAGCGCAGGGGUGGGACGCACUGGUGUGGUCAUCCUGUCUGAGAUCAUGAUAGCUUGUCUGGAACAUAAUGAGAUGCUGGACGUCCCGACUGUUCUGAACUUGCUGCGGCAGCAACGCAUGAUGAUGGUACAGACGCUUUCACAGUACACCUUCAUUUACAAAGUCCUCAUUCAGUUCCUGAGAAACUCCAGACUGAUCUGAGACCAGCGCUGGCACAGAGGAGGAGCCUACGAGCCUCUCACUACCCCUCAGUCCCUGCCGGAGCCGUGGCUUCGCUUGCGCUUCCUCACAGUGUUAGUGACGGGGCGAGACACGAGCCGGGGCAAGUAUAAAGGACGCUGCGCAUCGCUCUAUUUUACCAGUAUUAUUCACAGAUUUCACUGUGGGCUUUUACACGGAUGUCAGUCCCAGCACUUUUAUUUUGCUGUACAUAGACGCAGCUCUGUUAUUUAAUACGAGACGCUGAACUGCAGUGGUUCUUUUAUACCGGAUUUUAUUAGUUUAUCCAUGAAGGUUUAGUGAGCCAAAAUGCAAAUAGCGGACACAGUGUUUAAAGACGUGGCACGUGAACUUCAGUAGAUGGAUGAAUCUCACGAAAAGCCCAGAUUUGGUGUCAAAAUGUGCUUAAAAUAAUGCUGAAAUGCAAAAAAGGUUUGCUUUUCUGUAUGCAAAAUGUUUGAAUGCUCAUUUAUUUUCAUGAGAUUCACCCAUUUGCAUCAUGGGAUGGAGAUAAGAGGACUCGGGGAGUUUGAAGUAUCACGUCCAGUGUUACGCGGCAUGUUCAAGCGAAGCUGUUGCUUGAGAUUUUACCGUUUAACCCUACGAACGGGUUUCACCCAGCAAACGCAUCUCAAGUUAGAAUGCAGCCAAAGACGGGAGGGUGCAGACGCAACCUAUGAAUAAGUUACAAUAUGUAUUAAAAUUGUAUGUGAAAACUGUAUUCUACAUAUAAUAGGACUUUCUCGUUGCAUUAGGGAUGAUUUUGUAUUUUUGCAGCUCUUGCCACAUUUCCACCUGCAUUCGAUAACCAGACGCACCAAAGAGCAUCACAGACUCGACUUUUGCAUUAGAGUGAACAAUAGUGUGGGUUUAUUGUUAAUGGUUUGUGACCUCAUUAUCUUAGACACACCAGCUAUGAUGGUUUACCAAAGAGUUUUCAGCAUAUCGAGUUCUUUAAGUCUUAAAACACUGUGAAACUGCAUUAUCCAUUCUGUUUGCAGAGGAGCUGAAGGAGCAGAAUGUGCCGUAGCAAAUCAUUAGGCCCUUUGUGUUUUCAUUUGAAUUGCAAUCAGGUUAUUUACGAUAAAGCAGUGCAGACUGAUGCUACAUUCCUCCAUAAUGGUGAUGUUGCAUGUUCUUAAAGGAACAGUUCACCCAAAAAUGUACAUUUGCUGAAAAU